AUGCGUCCCUCAGUUCUCAUUGUUCUAGUGCUCGCCGCCAUCUCGACCGCUGCACCUUUAGGAGAGGUGAAUAAGCGAGACGGUGGUCUAGUUAGGAGGGUCAAAUUUCCAAAAAUUGGCACUCCAAAAACUCCACCUAAAACUGAGAACCCUCCGCCACCACCACCUCCCCCGCCAGUAAAGGCCCCCCCGACGAAGGAACCACCACCACCACCACCACCUCCUCCUCCACCUCCACCUCCACCGCCGCCGGAAAAGACCCCUUCUCCAACGAAGGAAGCUCCAGUACCGACUACCUCUCCUGCUUCCAAGGAACGGACAUCAGAAACAUCGAAGUCAGAGCCUGCGUCAAAGAGUCCCGAGCCCAGUUCAUCCAAAGAACCGGAAUCUUCCUCCGCGAAACCCACCAGUCAUUCUGGGACCGAAUCAGAAACGUCGAAGUUGGAAUCGGAAACUUCCUCCGCGAAGCCUACUAGUCAUUCUGGGACAGAGACAGAAAAAUCCCACACAUCCACUUCCUCUGAGGAGCCGAAAGUCACAACUUCCGUAAAGCCCACAGGCAGUGAGUCCGAGUCGGAGCACACGCCUACUACCAGCACCAAAGCCGGUGAAGAGACUGGAACUCCCACCACGAACACUGAAUCUACCAUUACCCCCGCUCCCGACUCUGGCCCGACUGCAGAUCCGGAUUCACUACCUGUUACCACUGAUAAACACCAUGAUGUGUUGACGGCUGUGAAGGAGAUUCUUACUGAGUUUAUCAAUGGCCAAUGGCAAACAAUCGAUACGUAUGCUUAUCCGACCGCCACGGAUGGGGCUUCGAACCCUGAGGAGACUGGAUUACCUGACAGCUCCAGUCCAGAGGGGUCUCCAGACAACGGUUCGAGCGAGGGUGUUCCUCCGGAUGGUUCGAGUCAAGGGGUGCCUCCAGACAGUCCGAAUCCAAACGAGAAUUUGGACAAUCCAAGUUCAGUGAACGGCACCUCGGAUGGCACCUCGGACCAACCCAGUACCAACGACGAGAAUUCCAUCGGAAAUGACAAGGAUUCCAACAGCACCCUGAAUGAUGCAACCAGCCCAAGAGACAAUGACAGCGGCAGCGCCAACAAUUCCACUAGCAGUGACAUCUCUAGUCCCAGCAACAACUCUACUACUUCUGACGAUGGGUCUGACCCUCACUCUAGUUCAGAAGGUACCGUUGUCGACGAUAGUAGUUCUGAAACGGGCUCAAGUGACGAUGAAUCCAGCAGCGGAAGCAGCAGUCCUGACGGUGCCUCGGACAGUAGUAGUGCUGCGUCGUCGAAAAAACCGUCAACUGCAGUUACUGGCAAGUCAGACACACCUUCUCCUGCUACACAGAACGCGAACCACCGUAGGAGAAUGCUGCGACGCUCAAGUGCAGCACUGAUGGGCGAAGAGGGAAAUGGAUCUUGA